AUGGCAGCCAAUGGCUCCGGUGGGAUGCACGAUGCUCUGCUGGACAAUGGCUUUGCUGGCGCUGAUGACCUCAUUUCUGACUGGUAUAUCUACGAAACCAUGGAGUCGGCUGUGCAGCAGGAUGACAUGUUUCCCAGCAUAAUCCCAGACUGCGACCCCACCAUUUCUCCCAGACUGUAUCACAUCUGCAUGGCACCAGUCUCCCUGGCUGUGCUUGUGGGCUUGUCUUUGCUGGUGAAACGCAGGCGUCUCCACCGGAGCUGCUGGAACGGUGUCCCGGGACUGCUCAGCCCAGCCAACUUUCUGGAGGAGGAAGACAACCGAGGGCUGGUGGUUGCGGUGUUCGGCAUCCUGUUCUCCUCACUGUGCGUGCUGGUCUUGGACAGAGACCCUCUGCCGCUCAUCGCCCACUCCUCCCAGAGCACCCGGGAGUACUGGAAGAUCCUGGCUUUGCUCUACUACCCUGCCUUCUACUACCCGUUGGUUGCCUGUGCCACCGUCCGGCACAGGGUCAGCUACCUCGUGGGCUGCCUGCUCUCCUGGUGCCACUGUGUGGUCCACAUCUGGCAGAAGGUGGAUUGUCCCCAGUCACCGAAGAUAUACAGGUACUACUCCACGCUCUCUUACGUCCCCAUCAUCCUCUGCCUUGUGCUCCUAAGCCUUUGGUAUCCAGCGCUGCUUAUCAGAAGCUUCACCGGACAGGAGGAGACCUUGGAUAAGGAGGUUACAGGGCGAGGUUAUUACAAGAAGUACCUAAAGGCUGUCCUGUCCAAACGUCCUCGGAAGGGGAGCUCCACGAAGACAGAAGAGAGCCUCCUCUCAAGGGUCCAGACGUAUUUACGCUCCUACGUCUACGCUCCCGAGGAAGGUUUCCGGGUCCCGCUGAAGCUCAUCCUGUCCAUAACCACGGCCGUGAUCGCUGUCUACCAGGUUGCCCUGCUGCUCCUGGUAGCUGUCGUCCCCACCAUCCAGAUCGUACGGGCGGGGAUGACGAAGGACAUCGUGGUAUUGUUGGUCCAGUUUGGCUUGGUGCCCUCGGAGAGCCCGGCCAUCCCGGGUGACAUGGAGAAGGAGCUCAACACCGUCAAGUACUACCUGUGGUCACUGGAAGUCUGCUACAUCUGCUCGUUGGUGCUGUGCUGCCUGCUGACCUGCGCCAUGCUGCUGCAGACGCUGGUGAUGCACAGGAACAACCUGAAGGCGCUCUACCAAGGGGCUGUGCUGGAUGUUUUCUACAAAGCCCACAUCCUCCGCCCGUCCCGACAAGCUGUCGUCUGCUGGAUGAGCUUUGCCGGCUUCCAGACGGCUUUUGCCUGCCUGGGUCUCGUCAUCCAGCAAGUGAUUUUCUUCAUCUGCUCGGUGGGGUUUACCUUCCUCGUCGUCAUCCCACUCCAGUCCGGCACAAACACACACCUCUUCAAAAUCAUUCAGAACAUGUGGCCCUUCUGGUUAACCCUGGUUGUUGCCGUCAUCGUGCAAAAUUUGGCAGCUCAUUACCAAUUCCUGGAGCAGCAUCCCCUCCGGAAGGAGCUCACCAACAGGCGAGCUCUCUACAUAGUCACCUACCUGCUCUUCCCCAUCAACGUCCUGGUGGGUGUCCUGGCCGGGGUGUGGAGGAUGGUAAUUUCUGCCCUUUAUAACGUCGUCCACUUCUGCCAGCUGGACAUCAGCCUGCUUAACCGCGGCGUGGAGACCUUUGACCCAGGCUACCACAUUUACUGCCACUAUCUGAAAAUUGAGGUCAGCCAGUCCCACCCGGUGAUGAAAGCUUUUUGCUUGCUGCUUCUCCAGCUAGCCAGGCCGGAGGGGCCGCAGGGGCUCCGGGCUGGCAAUGUGGAAGAAGGAGUCCAGCUGAUGCAGCCCAAGAAGGCACCACCAAGCAGAGCCAGGUUCAAGCAGAGCCGAGCCCGCUGGUGGCUGGCUUACACCCUCCUCAACAACCCCUCGCUGAUGGCUUGCCGGAAAACCGCCCUCUCCGAUCCCACAGCCAAUGGCACCCAGCUCAGCCCUCCCAAGCCCUGA